AUGGACGCCAUCAGCACUCCAAUUCUUCCUCAGCCGCUUCCGGCUACCUAUGAGCCCGACGAACGCAAAUAUGGCUCAUACACUGAUAUAGUGAAAGCUGUCGAAGCCGGAUACACGCUGGAGCCACAGUUGGAGACUGAGAAGAUGGUGGACGACACGAGAAGGCUCACGGCGAUGGUCUGGCACUUCCGGUACAACGGCAUGUCGGACAGCGCAAAGCGCGCCUGCAUGGACAUGAAAGUCAAGGAUGGAAGCAUGGAGUUGGCCCAUGGCUUCAAAAAGCUCGGAGCUCUCUCAAUGCGCUGGCGGAACGCGCAAAUCGCGAUGCCGGCCAAUCCAAUGGUCGCCGGCAUCGAGGAUUACUGGUUCAUAUCCUUUGUCGGCUCUGAAGUCACCCAUCACAACUGGAGGGUUGAGAUGACCAACAUGCAACUGGAGUUUCACAGGGUGAAAAAUGGUGCGGCAGCUCCAGGCAGCGCCACCCGAGACGACUUCAUGCGCGACAUACGUCAAAGGUAUCUUGACGCUCGAAGGGCGUACGCUGCACGCGUGUCUACUCAGCUUCAGAAGGACGUCAAGACUUCGAAGAUCCUCAAGAACUUUGGCGAGGUGAAGCGUGAGAAAAGCUGCGCAGCGUACACUUCCAAGCUGAACAGCCUGCGUGAAGAAAUCGAGUCGUUCGAUCCCUGCCCGUUCGACACGGACCUUCAUCAUGCCCCCCAAGCUGCCAGGGACUUCAGCCAGUUGACGAAAGCGGAGAAGACGAACUUCUGGAACAAGAGAGUCAGCAAUGAUCUAGUCGCAGCUUUCUAUGAUCCCGUAUCCCAGGCCGUUUCCAUCCCGUCAAACUGGGAAGACGAAUACAUGAAGGAGUUGAUGCUGACGACGAUCGCUACCACUGCACAAGCGUUGUGGAACGAGUACGUGAAAAGUUACUUCAUCAACAAGCAGAUCUUGGGAAGUGCUCCGCGCCCCGGCCAACCAGCACCCAACCUCCUCCCAUACCGGCCCGACAAAGUUCGCCAUGUCUUCCAUAAGAUCAACGACACGUACUUCAAAAAUAGGGAGGACUUCCCUCAGAGCAUAGACGGUGUUCUCGUGCCUUCCUCCGGGCGGCAACAGACCAAAAAACGCCCUCGUGCAGACCUUGACGACACCCUCAUCCUCCCCCCGUUCUCACCCAACCGCUUCAAGCGCCCUCGCCAAACCUAA